UGUUAUUACAUUGUAUUGUAUUAUACUAUUAAUCACUUAAUUAACACCACAUUUGUUUGCCAUAACUUGCGAUAGUAUUAAGAAAGUGGACACCAAUUGACAAACAUGUCUACCAGUGAUAAUCACGGACCAAAUGCAUCUGAAGAGGAGGAAUUGAAUUCAAGUCAUAAAACCAAUUAUGGAGUGAUUAAUGAGAGAACUGAUGGCAACUCCGACAAGACUGAAGAAAUUGACACUUAUUUCAAGGCAACGGUUCCCGUUCCGGACACACCAUCCUAUUCAUUCAGUUGGCGAAAGUUGUGGGCCUUUACGGGUCCGGGAUUUCUGAUGAGUAUCGCAUAUCUGGAUCCGGGAAACAUUCAGUCAGACCUUCAGUCGGGAACUAUAGCUCAAUACAAGCUGUUAUGGGUCCUCAUGUGGUCCACAGUAUUAGGUCUUCUCAUGCAGAGACUGGCGGCCCGUUUGGGUGUCGUCACGGGAUUACAUUUGGCUGAACUCUGUUACAAACGUUACCACAAAGUGCCGCGACUUCUCCUAUGGAUUAUGGUUGAGGUGGCCAUCAUUGGCUCUGAUAUGCAGGAAGUCAUUGGAACCGCUAUCUCUCUAUUCCUCUUAUCUAAUCGAGUGAUCCCUCUUUGGGCCGGAGUUUUGAUCACUAUUUUGGAUACCUUUACGUUCUUAAUGCUCGACAAAUACGGGUUAAGGAAAUUGGAGGCAUUCUUCGCAUUUCUUAUAACAUCAAUGGCUAUCACUUUUGGUUACGAGUACUUCAAAGUGCAACCACAAGAACUCCAAGUGCUCGAAGGGUUAGCCCUUCCCUUCUGUAGUGAUUGCGGUUCCGAUGAAUUGAUGCAAGCGGUCGGCAUAAUUGGUGCCAUAAUAAUGCCUCACAAUCUAUACCUACACUCAGCUCUCGUAAAGUCACGUAAUGUGAACCGAAGUAAGAGAGAGGAGGUGCGCGACGCCAACCGAUACGUGUUCAUCGAGUCGGCGAUCGCUUUGUUUGUCUCAUUGCUUAUAAACAUCGCAGUGACCGCUGUUUUCGCGCACGGCUUGUACCAGAAAACCAACGCUGAGGUCUACCAGACGUGUUUGGCCGCCAACAUCAGCCAAAGCGAAGGCGUAUUCGACGGCAACGACAACCACACAAUUGACGCCAAUCUAUACAAAGCGGGUGUAUUCCUCGGCUGUACGUUUGGCAUCGAAGCCAUGUAUAUCUGGGCCAUCGGUAUAUUCGCUGCGGGACAGUCGUCGACAAUGACGGGCACCUAUUCGGGUCAGUUCGCAAUGGAGGGCUUUCUGGACCUGCAUUGGCCGCGUUGGAAACGGGUCCUCUUGACGCGAACCAUUGCCAUCAUUCCAACCCUUUUGAUCACAUAUUUCCAAAACAUUAAUAACUUAAGCGAAAUGAAUGAUCUGCUCAACGCUCUGAUGAGCCUUCAGUUGCCGUUCGCUUUACUGCCGGCCUUAACGUUCACGUCGUCGCCUAAAGUGAUGGGAGAGUUCGUCAACGGAUUCGCUAAUAAAGUGUUGGCAUCUGUCCUGUCGGUUGUGGUCAUAUCUGUAAACCUAUACUUUGUGUUCAAUUAUGUGAGCACUAAGUUCUCGAACAGUGUUUUCGUAUUCCUGGGAACCGCACUAUUCUUCGUAUAUUAUAUCCUAUUCUUGAUAUAUUUGAGACUGGCGGCCCGUUUGGGUGUCGUCACGGGAUUACAUUUGGCUGAACUCUGUUACAAACGUUACCACAAAGUGCCGCGACUUCUCCUAUGGAUUAUGGUUGAGAUCGCCAUCAUUGGCUCUGAUAUGCAGGAAGUCAUUGGAACCGCUAUCUCUCUAUUCCUCUUAUCUAAUCGAGUGAUCCCUCUUUGGGCCGGAGUUUUGAUCACUAUUUUGGAUACCUUUACGUUCUUAAUGCUCGACAAAUACGGGUUAAGGAAAUUGGAGGCAUUCUUCGCAUUUCUUAUAACAUCAAUGGCUAUCACUUUUGGUUACGAGUACUUCAAAGUGCAACCACAAGAACUCCAAGUGCUCGAAGGGUUAGCCCUUCCCUUCUGUAGUGAUUGCGGUUCCGAUGAAUUGAUGCAAGCGGUCGGCAUAAUUGGUGCCAUAAUAAUGCCUCACAAUCUAUACCUACACUCAGCUCUCGUAAAGUCACGUAAUGUGAACCGAAAUAAGAGAGAGGAGGUGCGCGAUGCCAACCGAUACGUGUUCAUCGAGUCUGCGAUCGCUUUGUUUGUCUCAUUGCUCAUAAACAUCGCAGUGACCGCUGUUUUCGCGCACGGCUUGUACCAGAAAACCAACGCUGAGGUCUACCAGACGUGUUUGGCCGCCAACAUCAGCCAAAGCGAAGGCGUAUUCGACGGCAACGACAACCACACAAUUGACGCCAAUCUAUACAAAGCGGGUGUAUUCCUCGGCUGUACGUUUGGCAUCGAAGCCAUGUAUAUCUGGGCCAUCGGUAUAUUCGCUGCGGGACAGGUAUGUGCGAUGAGAGCAUCGAUUCAGUGA